UCGAGAAUUUUAAAGUCAAACAUGUUACUUCCGAGCACCCAACUUUAAUUAUGUUGAAGAUCAAGCUAGAUCUUCAAUAGAAUAAUCUUACAAGCCUUUUAAUCUUGGAUUUAAUUUCGAUCAGUUCAUCAUUUGUUGCAAUUAGCGCCCGGUUUUGUAGCUUUACAAUUUUAAGUGCCAAUCCGGCAUGUGUUCCUUAGAAAAACGUGGAAACCUUUUCAUCCUCAUCCUCACCGGCCAAAACGGCGAGCACCGGCUCAACCCCAACCUGUUCAGCUCCAUCAUUUCAGCACUUUCACGAGCCAAGGCUCAGCCAACCCGUGGUUCAGCUCUUGUCACUGUGUCGCAUGGCAAGUUCUUCUGUAAUGGCUUCGACCUCGAUUGGGUCAACGCUGCAGGAUCCGAUGAAGAAACCCAACAACGCUUCAACCUUUUACUCGACUACCUCAAGCAGCUCGUCCUAGCCUUCAUCUCCCUCCCCAUGCCCACCAUCGCCGCCGUCAAUGGUCACGCCGCCGCUGGCGGCAUAGUGCUCGCCCUUUGUCAUGACUACGUGCUCAUGAGACGUCAUAGAAGUGUGCUCUACAUGAUUGAUUUGGAUUUAGGGAUCAAGAUCCCUGAACCCUUCAUGGCUUUGUUUAGAGCAAAAAUUUCGGGCUCGGCUCGACGCGAUCUAUUAUUGCGCGGGUUGAAGAUAAAAGGAGAAGAAGCACUGAAAAUGGGUAUAGUGGAAGCAGUUUACGACGGCGAGGAAGAAGUGACAAAUGCCGGGAUAAAAAUGGCCGACGAUUUGGCCAAAAGGAAUUGGCAUGGUGAAGUUUAUGCUGAAAUUAGGAAAGGAUUGUAUUCUGAACUUUGCGACAUACUGGGAAUCGCUUCCAUACCUAUUGCAACUCCUAAACUUUAAUCAACAUAGUUGAAACGAUUUAAGAAUAAUACUGGAGGGUCGGCCGAGCGAGCCAACCCUAUUUGUUCCCACAAAUUAUGUCGGCCAUAUGUCUUGAUAGCCAUACGGCACCCACCAGACAAGGGUGGGCGUGGCAUAUUUAGCCAACCGACCCUUUUAAGUUUACCAUUUGGUUUCUACGCUUAUAUAUAGACGACCUCUUUCGUGCCCCUUAGGAUCUCCACCCGGUGUGGGAUACACAUUGUAAUACUAGAGAGUGUGCUACACAAAUUUGUAUUGUUUGAAUGCAACAAGCAUGGAUGGACAAGCUGCUUCAAACAAAAGCAAGCCCAUCGUAGACCAUGCUAUUCCACUUGCCAGGCAUUGAUGUGACACAUUACAAUCCUUUGUAUUUGCCAUCACUCCCAUUUGUGUGAAUCUAUCUUCAACCCCAAAUUCUAUAUUUUAUUAGUUCAAA